AAAGGAGGGGAGGUGGAAUCAUGUGCCUUAGGCAUCUAUAUGCCCAAUUUGUGUUUCUAUAACUGCUUUCAUGCUUUUGUUUCUAUCAUAAACUCCCAAUUCAAAUAAAGGCAUCAAUUCUUACGUAUUACACCGCUACCAACGCAACACCUUAUUUCUUCACUUACUAUACUCUACCCUUUGUCUAUGUUGAUUAAAAUAAAGAAAGAGAAUGGAGGUGGUGGAGGGAUAGAUGGCUGACGAACCCGUAAAGGAGGGAAGGGAGGCGAAGCCCAGAAGCUUCUCCAAAGAUAAUGGAAUCUCGUUUUCCCCAGUGCCUCAGCAACAUCCCUCGCUGUGUCACUAUAUUCUUUCUCUUUCAAAUCUAAAUUAUACUUCCAAAACAACCGCACCGCAUAUUAAAAAAACAAAAAAAUUCAGAAAAGCAAACCUCAAAAGCAAUUCCCUCCUUCAGCCUAAACCAACCAAUCUCCGUUAUCAACGCUUUCUCUUUCUUUUUCUCUCUGCACCACCCCCUAAAAAUCCAAAUCCAAAUCUAAAUCCCUCUUUUUUUCCUUUUCUUCUUUGUUCUUUACUUGCCCCAAGAAACUCACUCACCCCCUUUUUUCUCUUUUCUUUCUUUUUUAUACUUACUUUGUCACAGUUAAAAAUGAGACCAUGACGACGUCGUCUCAGCAACUUCCACCGCAACUGCCCAACACGGUGCGAAAAGUGAUCGUGGAAGUGGUCGACGCUCGUGAUCUUCUUCCUAAAGAUGGUCAAGGGAGCUCCAGUCCUUAUGUCAUUGUUGAUUUCGAUGGUCAAAAGAAGAAAACUUCUACCAAAUACAGGGACCUUAACCCUGUAUGGAACGAGGCCUUGGAGUUCACGGUGUCUGACCCAGAUAAUAUGGAUGUUGAAGAGUUAGAGAUUGAGGUUUGUAAUGAUAAGAGAUUUGGUAAUGGUAGUGGCCGUAAAAAUCAUUUUUUGGGGAGGGUUAAGUUGUAUGGGAGUCAGUUCGCUAAACGAGGGGAGGAAGGGCUUGUUUAUUUUCCUUUGGAGAAGAAGAGUGUGUUUAGUUGGAUUAGAGGUGAGAUUGGGCUUAGAAUUUAUUACUAUGAUGAGAUUGUUGAAGAUCAGCCUCCACCAGAAGACCCACCGCCGCAACAGCAGCAACAGCCACCACAAACGGAGGAUACCAAGCCUACUCCUGGGCUUGUUGUUGUAGAGGAAGGGAGGAUUUUUGAGGUUCCUCCUGCACACAUGGAGUAUCCUCAUGGAGUUAAUGGUUAUACUCACGGUGCUGCUCCCUGUUAUCCUUCGUCGCCCGUUGUGGUUGUUGAAGAAUCUUCACCGGACGUUGUUCAUGUUCACGAAGAGCUACCGACUCCAGCGAAACCAACGGCCAUGCCUAUGCAACCACAUAUGGCGCCGGGAAUUUCGGUUUCCGAAGAACAUUUUCCUGUGUCGGAAGUGAGAAAGAUGCAGAGCAGCAGAGGCGAGAGAGUUCGGGUUUUGAAGAGACCAAACGGAGACUAUUCACCUAGAGAAAUAGUGUGUAACAAAACUCAAGGUGACAACGCCACCGUUGGCGGCGUCGGUGGUGCCGAGAAGAUACAUCCAUACGGUCUAGUUGAGCCGAUGCAUUAUUUGUUUGUUAAAAUUGUUAAGGCACGUAGACUGGCUCCAAAUGAAGCCCCCUAUGUUAAAAUUCGUAUGUCCAACGAUUAUGUCAAAACGAAACCAAUGAUAUACCGUCCAGGUGAGCCAACCGACUCGCCGGAGUGGGGCAAGGUUUUUUAUUUUGGUUACAAUAAACAAGAAUCAGCCAAUGCAACGCUUGAAAUCUCUGUUUGGGACUCCCCGACGGAAAAUUUUCUCGGCGGCGUUUGUUUCGAUCUUUCUGAUGUCCCCGUACGAGAGUCACCAGAUAGUCCGUUAGCACCGCAAUGGUACCGUCUCGAAAGCGGUGCCGUCGAUCAGAAUUCCCACAGUGUUUCCGGUGAUAUCCAACUUGCUGUUUGGAUCGGUACUCAAAACGAUGACGCUUUUUCUGAAGCGAUGAGUUCAGACGCACCAUACGUGGUACACACUCGAUCAAAAGUCUAUCAAUCGCCCAAGCUCUGGUAUUUAAGAUUGACUAUUAUCGAAGCUCAAGAUCUUCAAAUUGCGCCCAAUCUACCUCCUUUAACAGUGCCUGAAAUUCGAGUCAAAGCUCAGCUAGGGUUUCAAUCUGUGCGAUCAAGGAGAGGGAACAUGAACAAUCAUAGUAUGUCAGUGCAUUGGAACGAGGAUGUGAUCUUCGUCGCCGGCGAGCCUCUCGAAGAUUCGUUAAUUCUGUUAGUAGAAGAUCGUACGAACAAGGACGUGAGUCUCCUUGGCCACGUCAUGAUCCCUUUGAUCUCAAUUGAGCAACGGAUAGAUGAGCGGCGCGUGGCUUCUAAAUGGAUUGGAUUAGAGGGAGGAGCAGGCGGUGGUGGUGGUGGUGGUGGCGGUGGGCCCUACUGCGGGAGAAUUCACCUGCGACUAUGUUUAGAGGGUGGUUAUCAUGUGCUGGACGAAGCGGCGCACGUGUGCAGCGACUUUAGACCCACGGCUAAGCAACUUUGGAAGCCGCCAAUUGGAAUUUUAGAGCUGGGGAUUCUCGGUGCUUGUGGCUUACUCCCCAUGAAAAAUAAAGGGGGAGGCAAAGGCUCUACCGAUGCUUACUGUGUGGCUAAAUAUGGGAAAAAGUGGGUUCGUACCAGGACCGUAAUGGACAGCUUUGAUCCACGUUGGAAUGAGCAGUACACGUGGCAAGUCUACGACCCCUGCACUGUCCUAACCGUCGGGGUUUUCGAUAAUUGGCGUAUGUUUGCUGAUGUGUCUGAAGACAAACCCGAUUCUCGUAUCGGUAAAAUACGGAUACGUAUAUCAAUGCUGGAGAGCAACAGAGUGUACACCAAUUCGUAUCCAUUAUUGAUUUUAACAAGAAUGGGGUUGAAAAAAAUGGGUGAAAUCGAGUUAGCAGUUCGGUUCGCAUGUCCGUCAUUGUUACCGGACACAUGUUCUGCUUACGGUCAACCAUUGCUUCCAAGAAUGCAUUAUCUCCGCCCACUCGGGGUGGCUCAACAGGAGGCAUUACGCGGAGCUGCGACAAAGAUGGUAGCACAAUGGCUAGCUAGGUCAGAACCGCCGCUUGGGCAAGAAGUAGUGAAGUACAUGCUGGAUGCGGAUUCUCAUACAUGGAGCAUGAGAAAGAGCAAAGCGAAUUGGUUCCGGAUCGUUGCCGUUCUAGCAUGGGCAGUGGGGUUAGCCAAGUGGUUGGAUAAUAUUCGGAGGUGGAAAAACCCGGUUACUACAGUAUUGGUGCAUGUUUUAUACUUGGUACUUGUUUGGUACCCAGAUUUGGUAAUGCCAACAGGGUCUUUAUAUGUUGUUUUGAUUGGAGUUUGGUAUUAUAGGUUUAGACCCAAGAUACCAGCAGGCAUGGAUAUAAGGCUGUCACAAGCAGAAACAGUGGAUCCAGAUGAAAUAGAUGAGGAGUUCGAUACAAUACCAAGUUCAAAGCCCCCAGAGAUAAUAAGGGCCAGAUAUGAUAGGUUGAGAGUAUUGGCAGGAAGGGUUCAAACUGUUUUGGGUGAUUUUGCUACCCAAGGUGAAAGGGUUCAAGCUUUAGUGAGUUGGAGGGACCCAAGAGCUACCAAAUUGUUCAUUGGGGUCUGUUUAGCCAUCACGUUUAUACUUUAUGUGGUGCCACCAAAAAUGGUGGCAGUGGCAUUAGGAUUUUAUUAUCUAAGGCACCCUAUGUUUAGGGACCCAAUGCCACCGGCUAGCUUGAACUUUUUUCGAAGGCUUCCAAGUUUAUCAGAUCGGUUAAUGUAGAGAGCCGAAGAAGAGUAGAUAUAAUAAAUUAGCGGGUAUUUUACAAAAAUAAUACAAAAAAAUACCAAAAUAGUAUACCUUUUUAUUAUUUAUCAAAAUGGUACCAAAAAAAAAAACAAAACAGUAGAAAAUGGUUUGCCCCUGCA